AACAAAAAACAAAACAAUGCAAAAUCACAAAGACCCUUCCUUGAUGUACAUGAAUGAGAGUAGUGACACACGAAAAAAAAAGCGACCUUUCAUGUCGGGAAAUUUCCCGGCAAAUGUUCGCCUGCUCGGAGUCGCACCUCCGAGGCCUACAAAUACCAUCAGACGUAUCCCAAACCACCAACAAUUCUCACUCUCACUCUCUCCGCUUACUCUGUUUCUCUUGGUUUGCUUUCUUCUUCGUUUUCUUGUAAAAAACUUUUUUGAUCUCCGCUUAAUUACUCUGUUUUCUGGUUUGCUUUCUUGGGAAAACUUGUUUGAUCUCCUCUUACUCUGUUUCUUGGUUUGCUUUAUUGGGUUUUUUUUUUCAAGAAGAAUUCUCCAACUCACCCCUCUGAAUUUCACAAUCCGACUCUAUGCUCUCUCACCAACACAAGUUUUCUUUCACUGCCAUGGAUGAAAGAGAAGAUGUGUCCACUGACCUGAAACUUGGUCUGAGCACCUCAUCCUUUGAUGACAAUGGCGUCCCUGCCAGCCCAAGGCAGCAGCCAUUAAACGAUCUGCAGGAUCGUCCCUCCUUGUUUAUCAAGGUUUUCAUGGACGGCAUUCCGAUCGGUAGAAAGGUUAAUGUAUUUGCUCAAAAUGAGUAUGAUAGCCUCAUCAGAACCAUUAAUCUUAUGUUCCCCACCACCAAUAUCUACUCGGGUGCUAAUCGGGUUCAUUCCGAAAAAUAUCAUGUGUUGAUUUAUGAAGAUAUGGAAGGGGAUUGGUUGAUGGUUGGAGAUGUGCCAUGGGAGAUUUUCUUAAGCAAUGUGAAAAGGCUGAAGGUCGCAAAGGCCAAAGCUGCCACUUCUUCCAUUUCUUUGCCACAAACAUGACAAUAGUGGAUGAUAUAAUGUUAGGCUUUGUUUGGAUUAGGGUUAGAAACGGUGUUUGAUUAGAAUUUGUAUUAAAGUAGAACUUUAUUUGAUAAGGAUUAGUGGUUAUCAAUUAGGAUUAUAAUUAAUUUCUUUUUAGGUU